AUGGAUCGAAAAUCAUGCUCAAAAGAUUACGAAAUUCUUAAUAAGCUUGGUCAAGGCAGUUUUGGUACAGUUUACAAAGUUCGGAGAAAGUGUAAUUUUUAUGCAGCUGAUAGAAGCAUUUAUGUGAUGAAGUCCAUAACCAUUUCAGGGUUGGACCGUAAAGGUCAGCAAGAAUCAAUCAAUGAGGUCAGAAUUUUAGCUUCUUUAGACAAUCCUUAUAUAGUAAAAUACGUUGACAGCUUUAUUGAAGAAAAGACAAUGCACAUUAUCAUGGAAUUCUGCGACAAAGGCGACUUAGGGCAACACUUAAAAGCCCAGAUGGGAAGAAUGAUGCAGGAGCCAAAAAUUUGGAAAUUUUUCAUCCAAUUAUUGAUAGGACUCGAAUAUAUCCACUCCAAAAAGAUUCUGCACAGAGAUAUCAAGUCAAUGAACUUCUUCCUCGCCAAAGAAGAUUCAAUUAAAAUUGGAGACUUAGGAGUCGCAAAGGUAUUGUCAAGCACAGUAGCCUUUGCGCAUACUAUGGUAGGAACGCCUUAUUACUUAUCACCAGAGCUGUGUGAAGAGAGGCCAUAUAAUGUAAAAAGCGAUAUGUGGGCAUUAGGAUGUGUUUUAUAUGAAAUGUGCAGCUUGAGACAUCCUUUUGAUGCACCUAAUCAAGGUGCAUUAAUCUUAAAAAUUAUAAGGGCUAAUUAUCUGCCAAUAAGCACAAAUUACUCAGCUGAACUAAGAGAAAUGAUAAGCUUAUUGCUAACCCCCCCCCCCCUCCGUGAGCGAACAAAACCAUUAGAAAAAUCGCCAUUUUUUGACCAAAAACCCACCCUCCGUGAGUGAACAAAAAUUUUUUUAAUAGAAAAAAUUUUAAUGGAAAAAAAAUUUUGAUAUAUAAGUGAUUAAUUAGUAUAAUGAAAUCUAGAGCUAAUUCUGUUUAAUUUUAAACAAAUUGCGUUUUUAAAACAUAAAUUUUGCAAAUUAAAUUAAUAUUUGCUUCCCAAUUUUUGCAAAUUAGGAUUUUUUUUAAAUUUCGAAAAAAAUAUUUUUUAUAAAAUUUAUAUAUACAUUUUUUUUUAAAAAAAAAAAAUUAACCCCCCUCCGUGAGCGAACAAAAUUUUUUUGUUCGCUCACGGAGGGGGGGGGGGGGAGUAAGCAAAGAUUAUAAGAAAAGGCCUUCGACUACAACUAUACUAAAGCGGCCUGGGAUGAAAGAAAGGACUAUUGGGCUAAAUAUUGACAUCCCUGAAGGGUGCUCGCUAUAUGAAUCACAGAUCCUUAUUAAUAAAGAGCCAAGAGUGGCAGAAAAAGAAGAAGAAAAAGCUAAGCCUCAGCCGGCUGAAAAUAUAAGCAAUGAAAAUGAUAAAAAGAAGCCGGCAGCCCAAAAGCAGGCUUUAACUAAGCCACAGCAACCAAUAGUUAAUAAGUCUCCAAGCCAAAAAAUUGAGCCUAAGUCUGUCCCUUCUCCUCAAAAACCAAAAGAAAUCCCAAAGCAAGUUUCGCCUCCUAAAGACCAAAUAAUAGUCCAUUCUCCUCUUGAAGUCCACAAAGUAUCACCCCCAAAAGAGCAGCCAAUAGUCCAUUCAUCUCCUUUUGAAGUCUAUAAAAAAGCUCCAGCCCAGCCUAAUGAAAUUCAUAAACAAAUUUCUCCUCCAAAAGACCAGCAAAAAAUCAAUCCUCCAGAAAUUCAUAGACAAAAUGCAGUUCAUAAAGACCAAGCCCCACAAGAAAUCCCUGUUUUUAAGCUACAAAAUGAAUAUAAGCCAGUUGUCCAAAAAAUCGACUGGCCAAUUUCCAAAAGUCCUGCCCCAAAAGUAGAGCCAGUUGCAAAACCAACUCCAAAACAAAAUAUUUCAGCACAAAAAAUUAACCCAAAGCCAGCUCCAAGUCGACCUAAAAAUCAGCCAGCCCCCCAGCGUAUCAGAAAAGGAGCACCUACAAGCCUAGCUCUUUAUGCCCAGCGGCAAAAAAUCAUAAAACAAGGCGUCCCGUCCUCACAAGCUUUUCGGCCUCCAGCUCGGCCAAAAUACUCCAAGCCAAAAUCCACGAAUUUUUCCCAAGAAGAAAUCGACGAAAUCCGAGAAGUUGAAAACCUCCCAGACACCCCUAAAAAAAUCAGUGUCCAAGACCUCAGAAACCUUGAACUUCCUCGAGACCAUACCAUAAAAACUCGAAAUAAAAGCUUUAGCACCGCAGAUGAGUCAAAAGUUAACGAAACUUUCGAGCCUGAAGACAUAGAAUCCAGUCUAAAUGACGUAGAAGAAAGGCUUGUUUUUGAGACCUGCUCAGACAAAGAAUCAUAUGGCUCAAACAGUUUUGAAGAAGAAAACGGAGAAGAAUUAAUAGAAAACGGCAAAGAAGAAGCCAAAGAAAUAGAACCAGAUACCAAUACACUAGGAUCAGCAGAUUGGAAUUACUCACGAACUGAAAAAUUCCCAAGCGCUGAUAUGACGACUGCAGAUGAAGAGGAAAAAAUUCCUGUUGUAGAAGCUGCAGAAGAAGAAUACAAAAUAAAUUACAUGGAAAAAUCAAAUUCUCCACAAAAUUCUGACAGUGAAGACCUUUUUUAUGAUAAAAGUAGCAGCGAUGAAGGUCUUGAAUGGAUUGAAGAGGACGAACAGGAAAAUUUAGAAUGCACAGUAGAAGCUUUACAGUUUAAACUGUCAGAAGUACAGAGAAAAGAAGCAAAUUUGCAAAGACAGCUUGGACUGAAGCGAAAAGAAAUCAUUGACAGAAUUGGGGAUGAGCUUUAUAAUGAGUUUUACGAGCUUUUCAGAAUGGGGAUUAAAAAUGAAGACAAAUUAGAAGAAGAGGAAACUAGCAAUUCAGCCCUAGACCGCUUUGUGUGUACAAGACUGAACGUAGAAGACUCUGACCUGAUAUUUGUGAUGUAUAAAAUACAUAACCUAGAGCUUGAUAUUGCGCAGUGUCAAGAAGCUAUAAGCAGCAUAAAAUUUGAAUUAAUAUAA